AUGUCUGGAAUAGAAUGUCGAAAAGCUUUUGGGUCGGGAAUUGGCAAGCAAUUCAUUAAGGCUUUGCUUGAAUGUCCAAAAAAAUAUCUAUUUAUUCGCAGUCAAGCAAGUCCAACAGUCACGAGAUUUUGCGUCGAUUCGUUUUUAAAUCAAUUCGGUGGUGGAAAAGAUUCGCUGGAUACGGUUCAAGGUGCCUUCAGUGCGUAUAAAAUGUUCUCCGAUGGUCAAGGAGGUGGUGUUCUCGAUGAUAUCAGUACAAAUGAUAAAAUUAAUGGUGACGGAAAGAUUACUGCUGAAGAUAUUCAAAUCUACCUUCGAGAAAUGGGUCUCGGUGAAAUCUCACCAUAUAUGACAAAAGCAUUAUUCAAAGCGGUUGAUAAAAAUGGAAAUGAUUCAUUAGAUUUCACCGAUCUAAUGGAUUUUUCGACUAUGGUUAAUAGAUUCACUGGUAACAAUGCUCCAUAG